AUGGGGCUUGGCGAGUGGGUUGGGGUGAGUGAGGAUAUUCCAGAUAGUGCAUAUCCAAAAGCCACAGCCAUGAACCAGCAUGGAAUGUUUGUAGGAGUGCAGGCCAGACAAGCAUUUAGAAAGUUUUUUCCACUCUUUGACCGAGUAUUGGUCGAAAGAAGUGCAGCCAAAACUGUAACCAAAGGAGGCAUUAUGCUUCCCAAAAAAUCUCAAGGAAAAGUACUGCAAGCAACAAUAGUAGCUGUGGGAUCAGGCUUUAAAGGGAAGGGUGGAGAGAUUCAGCCAGUUAGCAUGAAAGUUGGAGAUAAAGUUUUUCUCCUAAAGUAUGGAGGCACCAAAGUAGUUCUAGAUGACAAGGAUUAUUUCUUAUUUAGAGAUGGUGACAUUCUUGGAAAGUAUAUAGACUGAAACAAAUCACUAUUGAAGUGGCAUCGUGUGAAGCUGCCUAUUCAACUGAAGUUCUGAAAUCUUUCAUCAUGUAAAUAAUUUCCAUGUCUCUUUUAUAAUAAACUGAUGAUACUCUUAAAAAAAAAAGAAAA